AUGCCUCCACUGGCAUCUGUCCCCGAGAUCGACGGCAUCUCGCCCUCGCAGUCGGAGGAACUCGCACAGGAAAAAAUAGCGACAGAUACCAAUAUAAAGGAGCUACAGAAAUUUGAAUUGUCUCAUCAAUGGGAUCCAAAUUUACCCCAGGAGAAACUUGACGCGAUCAAAGAAGCCGUUGAUAAUGGUGAUCACGAGAAAGCAGUCGAAUUGGACAAGUCACUUGCGCAGGAUUCGCAGUAUGAUUCCGUCCGCGCGGCUGUGCGCAACGUCGACAAUGGGGAAGUUGCGAACACAGUGCGUGCAUGGAUCCUUGGGCUACUUUUCACGACUGUUGGUAGCGGGCUGAACAUGUUUCUGAGCAUGAGAAGCCCUGCUAUCUCUUUUCCAGCCAUUGUUGUACAAUUGCUUGUCUAUCCAAUUGGAUGUUUCUGGGCUAAAGUUAUGCCAACUAAGGUGUUCAAUACAUUUGGGUUACGAUGGACAUUGAACACAGGACCCUUCACUAUCAAGGAACAUACGGUUGUUACGAUUAUGGCCAACGUGUCGAUAGGGUAUGCCUAUUGCACCGAUGCUCUCCUAGCCUUGAAAGCGAAACCUUUCUAUGAUAUGGAAAUUGGUUGGGGCUUUCAGUUGCUAUUUGCGCUGAGUAGUCAGGUGGUUGGGAUUGCUUUGGCUGGAAUCUUUCGCAGAUUCUUGAUCUGGCCUGCUGCUAUGAUAUGGCCUGGCCAAUUUGCCAACACUGCUCUGUUCCACGCUCUCCAUGAUAAGCGGCCGUCUGAUCCAUCCGAGACAGAUGGUUGGAGAGUCUCCAGGUAUCGAUACUUCAUGUACGUUAUGGCUGGUGCAUUUUUCUGGUAUUGGGUCCCAGGUGUGAUCUGGCAAGGUCUUUCGGUCUUCGCAUUUGUUACCUGGAUACGCCCAAACAAUGUGGUAUUGAACCAGCUAUUCGGCGGGUUUUCAGGGCUAUCAUUGAUCCCGAUUACCUUUGACUGGACCUAUGUCUCGGCUUAUCUCCUUGAUCCGCUUUUGGCUCCAGCACACGCCAUAGUCAAUACGUUGAUUGGACUGACGGUAUUCAUUGUACUUGCUACGAUUGGAAUCUCUUACACUGGGGCCUUUUAUUCUGCCUAUGUUCCUAUCAACACCUCGUCGACUUUUGACAACACUCAGCAGUCCUACAAUGUUACCAAAAUUCUAGGGGAAAACUUCUCUUUUGAUGAGCAAAAAUACAAAGCAUACUCGCCGAUGUUUCUUGCUCCAACAUUUGCCUUAAAUUACGGUCUUUCUUUUGCUGCUUUGACCGCGGCCGUUGUGCAUAUCAUCUUAUUCCAUCGCAAAGAAAUCUGGCACCGAUUUACGACAGCCCGUGAGCAGGAGCCUGAUAUCCAUUUGGUUCUGAUGAAGAAAUACCGCGAAGUACCUGAAUGGUGGUAUGCGGCAUUAGGUGUUGCUUCUAUUGCAUUAGGCUUGGCAGGUAUUCUGGCAUACGACUCACAACUCCCUUGGUGGGGUCUUUUUGUAUCAAUUAUCAUUGCAGCGGUAUUUAUCGUCCCGACGUGUAUGAUCCUCGCAAUCACAAACAUUCAACUAUCCCUCAAUGUUAUAUCACCAUUCCUAGCCGGCUUUAUGAUCCCUGGAAAGCCAAUCGGGGUGAUGGUUUUCAAAGUUUUCAGUACUAUCACGUUGGGACAAGCGCAAUCCUUCUGCCAAGAUCUCAAGAUUGCGCACUAUAUGAAGGUUCCACCUCGUGUUACUUUCACGUGCCAAGUUGUCGCAACACUCUGGGCUUGUUUUGUUCAGAUUGCGGUUAUGAACUGGACUUUGGGUAAUAUUGAGAACGUUUGCGCCUCCGACCAAAAGGCACACUUCACAUGCCCCAAUGGCAGAGCAUUCUUCUCGAACAGCAUUACAUGGGGAGUUAUUGGUCCUCAACGGAUGUUCGGGCCAGGUAAAAUCUACAACAGCAUAUUAUGGUUUUGGCUAUUAGGUGCACUACUUCCAGUCGCCUUCUAUAUCCUGAUGCGGGUGUUUCCUCGAUCAAAGGCCAGGCUCUUGAAUGCACCUGUAAUGCUUGGGGCCAUGUCCUGGAUUCCACCGGCUACCCCACUAAGUUAUUUCUCUUGGGUUAUGUUUGGGCUCAUUUUUAAUUACUGGAUUCACCGCCGAUGGCGGGGUUGGUGGCACACUUACAAUUAUAUCACUGCUGCGGGACUUGAUACUGGACUCAUUCUUUCCACAAUUGUGAUUUUCUUCGCCAUUACAUUCCCCGGAGCCACUUUGCCCAAUUGGUGGGGUAAUACUGCGCCAUUUGAAACAAUGGACUCCCUUUCUACCGCAGUGAGGAAGACGGUUGCUGAUGGUGAGAUUUUUGGGCCGGUGAAAUGGUGA